AGUUCACUCCAAUUACAUAAUUGCAGUUUCUGAAUCGCUGCACGGUGGAAAGCGAACCAGUGACUCUCAUUUGCGACUCGCACAGAGAGGGAGAGAGAGAGAUGAGGAAUGGUGCGUGAAUGGGAUCCAGGUUUCACCGUGGGGAGAGCCGGGAGUCUGCAAUAGGUUUGAAGCGCUGGUAGCUCACCUCCCGUCCCUGAGCAAUGUUUUGCAAGCCAGUGUGCCUGCACGUGAUGCAACAAUUGAGGUGCAAGCCCUGUGCGUGAGAGCGAAACAAGUUGCUGGAUCUUGCAGAGUGCCUGCCCCUGACACCAGGGAGCACAGCAGCCGCCCAGCGGGCAGCCCACGACCUGCCGGCUCGAUUUGAACCCCAGGAUGGAGGAGCUCGCAGCUCCCACCGGGACCCAGAUGGAUCUCACUGGGAAAGUGGCGCUGGUGACAGGAGCGGCUCAGGGGAUCGGCAGAUCGUUCAGUGAGGCGCUGCUGAGAUGCGGAGCAAAGGUGGCUCUUGUGGAUUUGAAUAGAAGUACAGGUGAAGCAUGCAAGAAGGAAUUGGAUGGGGAGUUUGAUGCUACUCACAGUGUAUUCAUAGUAUGCGAUGUGGGAUCAGAAGAUCAAUUAAAAUGUGCUUUUAAGAAGACACUGGAUCUCUUUGGAAGUUUGGACAUAGUGUGUAACAAUGCCGGCAUAAACAAUGAGAACAACUGGGAGCAAACAAUCAAUGUUAAUUUGACCUCGGUGAUAAGAGGAACAUACAUGGCUCUGGAGUACAUGAGCAAAGAGAAUGGCGGAAAAGGAGGAGUUAUUGUGAACAUGGCAUCUUUAGCAGGUAUAUUCCCUGCAGCACACGGGCCAGUGUACACAGCCACAAAACAUGGUGUGGUUGGAUUCACCAGGGCUAUAGCAGCAACAUCAAAGCUUUUGGGCUAUGGGGUUCGGAUCAACACAAUUUGUCCAGCCUUUGUGAACACUCCGCUUCUGACCUCUGUGAAUUAUGAGGAAAAGAUGGGAAAGUAUCACGUAUUCAAGGACAGUGUCAAAGCGCUGGUUCACCACUAUGGAAUGCUAGAACCAUCGCUAAUCGUUCAGGGAUUAAUGAAAAUACUUCAAGAGGAAGAGUUGAACGGAGCAGUAAUGAAGAUAACCAAGUCAAAGGGAAUCCACUUUGAGAUCUACGAGCCGACGUUGAUACAGCCGAAAGUGAAAUAAGUCACAUCCGACCAGUGUUGUAAUUGCACUGGUCUCACCAACAGUGCAUUUCUCAAAUUCUCCUGCCCCUGAAUUCAGUGCAUGAGAGCUUAGCGUGAAAGUAAAACAGACCCCUUGUAGCAGAAACCAUGCACAGAUUCUGUAUGUCCAAAGGUUACGCAGGCUCAUUCCCGGACAACUUUUUUGCCAUGGCCUGCGUUUUAACGUUUUUUCCUUUAAAUUAUUUAAUUUAAUUACAUUUUUAUAAUCAAGUGGGACCCUGCGGUGUGAAGUAAUUGUGGAUUUCGUUGAACAAAUUAUAGUUUAAAUUAAUAAUGAGCUUGAACUCGCAAUGCUUUUGGAAUUACCAAUUAAGGUUUUAUUUACAAAAUAUAUACUCAGGGGGGAACUUUCAAUUGAAUAUCUCUUUAAUCCACUUAUCUGGAGCAUGGCUCAUAUUUCUCAGGAAUCAACUUGAUGGGGAUUUUUUGGUAUGUUUUUUUCAAAGCAGAGCAUGGUGCGCCAUAUACAUGCAGUCCACUACCCCAGGGCAUACAUGCAAAAUGAUCCCUAUCAUUCAUAUUUUCUUUUUUUUUUUGCUUCUGUAUUAUUUUCCAAUUUAUUUUCCUUAGAUAGAUUUUUUUUUGGAGUUGCCUAAUGUUUUCAGCUCUGUGGGCUGAUUUGUAGCCCCUAAAAAAUGGAGGGUUGGGGUCAGGACAGAUGCUAAAAUUCUAAAGACCUGAACGCCAACCCCACACACCCCCACCUCCGGGUUUCACUGAGGCGGGAUAGGCCAGUCCACUCCCAGGAGGCGGGCUGGCCAUUUAUAUACUUUAAUGAGGUUGGCAGGGCUGACAAGUCCAGGCUUGGUUGGCUGAGUUUCCCAGUCCUCGGGCAUUAUCGAUAGCUCAAGGGAGGUGAGGACAUCUUGGGGGUGAAAGCAAGUGCCUUUACAGUGCUGCUUGUGGGCUGGGAGAAACAGGAAUGCUCCCCUGGAUCAUGGAUCAGACUUACCUGUCUCAGAGUCCUCCCCGCCUGCCUGCAAGUUAAACCUGUCGAUCAGGCUGACUUCCAUCUGGUAAAUCUGGGCAAUGACAAAAGACACUUCUCCUGAUUUUCCAUAGGAAUCGCUGCACUUGCCCUUGUCAAUAUCAGACCCACCUUUCUAUUCCUAGACAUGCUCUUGCCUAAUUUUUUAGCACAGAUACAAUGGGCCCAAACGAUCUCCUUCUAAGCCUUAUGAUUCCUUAUGAUGGCAGACAGCUAUGGAAUAUCAACAACUGUGGUUUCUCAUAUUAAGCUGAGGGGGUGGGAGGGUUGAGGGGGUGGAAUUUUAACUCACAUAGCUCUAGUAGAAACCAGGUAGAACUGGGGUUAGAAUCCAAUAAGGGCCACUUACCAUUUUUUUUGCUGCUCUGCACCCAUUUUAACAGCGCUUUUUUGCUUGUACAAUUGAUGCCCCGAACUGACUAAUAUUGGAGCUCAUGACUAAAUGGAAAUUAGAGCCCAAGCUAUUAUGGCAUUUUAAGGCUCUGUUGCAAUUUUAACUUGAAACCAAGUUUUCACAUGGGAAUUAAAAUUCCAUAGGGAGACAGGUGCUUUAACCUAUCCUGUACCUUGAGAGAAAUGAAAAUAUCCUGUAUGUAUUAUAGGAACAAAGCAUAAUUUUCCCACGUGGGUGACACUGGCAAUUAUUUAUUGUCCAUAUCUCAUUGCCCUGAGAGCAUCAAGACUCAACAUGAAAGUAGGACUGGAGUCACACUUAGGCCAGAUAAUCCCUGAAAGAAGGUAGUGAGCCAAUUGAGUUUUUACAACCAACAAUACGCUUCACGAUAAUUUUACCCCGACUCAAAACUAGAAAUUGUUGAACUCAAAUUUCAUGGCUUCACCAUGAGUGUGCCUGUCCACUGACCCAAUCUGCCUUAUCACUGUCUCCCUGAGCAGUCUGUUCUGUAUACUCACCACCCUAUGUACUUCCAUGUAAUUCCAGAGGCCAUCAAUGACUCACCUAACUGAGCUUAAAUAGUGAGUGUCAGGACAUCAUAAACAAGUGCAGCUGGCCCAAUACAUGCUUUCCAGCAGGGAUUACUGGAGAUUGAUCAAGAGCUGGGAUCUUUUGGAAAUGCUUCCCUCUUCCUAGCCUGACAUACUGAAGUUUCCCACUGCCAACCCAGCUGAUCACAUUACGAUGGGAUAGAUUUGGAUGGAGAAACUUCUUCAACGCAUUUGACCAUAUUGUCCUGGAAUAUCAGCUGUACUAUUUUCCCAUUACAGCCCCUGGUGUCCUGCAUCAGCCACUGUCCCUAGAAAUCCUUAGAAGCUCAACGUAAAGUAUUAAACCUACAUGCUUAUAAUGUCUGACUUAUCUGUAUUAGUCCAGUUUUGUAUUUAAUAACAAUAAUUUGCAUUUUUGAAGCACCUUUAAUGUUGUAAAGCAUCUCAAGAUGCUUCAUAGAAGCAUUACCAAACAAAGUUUGACACCAGACUGAUAUUGGGACAGGUGACUAAAGCCUUAGUCUUAAGGAGCAUCUUAAAGGAGAGAGAGACAGAAAGGUUUCAGUAAGGACAAAACCUCUUUUCUGAGACUGAAUCUCUUCAUUACACCACCGAGGAUGAGCUUCAUCAUUCUCUGCUCUGUUAAAAUUCAAAUACUGGGAAUUGAAGCUGAGAUCUCCUUGGUCUGUAUGUCUCAGUGUUGUACCGCCAGUGUAUCAUAGACGACAGUAGCCUAGUGGUAAUGUUACUGAACUAGUAAUCCAUAAUGCCAGAUUAAUGCUCUGCAGAUAUGAGUUUAAGCCCUACAGGACAAAUGGGGGAUUUUAAAUUCAACUAAUUAAUAAAUCUGACUAAAGUACUAGACUCAUUCAUAAUGAUCAUGAAACUAUUGGAUUGUCACAAAAACCCAUAUCGUUCACUAAUGCCCUUUAGGGAAGGUAAUCUGCCACCCUUAUCUGGUCUGGCCUACAUGUGACUCCAGACCCACGCCAUAGUGAUUGACUCUUAACUGCUGUCUGAAAUGGCCUAGCAAGCCAUUCAAUUAUAUCAAACCACUCCAGAAAAGAAGCAGUGUGUGUGUACCUGCACUAGGUGGACUGCAGCAGUUCAAGAAGCUUGCCACCUACUCAGCGCAAAUUAGGGUGCUCACAUCCCAUGAGCAAAUGAUAAAGAAUUACCAACUAAACCACUGGAAUAGUUAAAGCAACUACGUUCUGGUCCUUGCCUGCUGUCACCACGUAUUAGUGAAUUGCAAUACUUUGUUGAUACAUUGAUGGUCAAGAAUCCAUAAAACCUGUCCCAAUUAUAAAAUGUGCUGGAAAACAGACCAAAGCAAGGGCGUUUUCAUUUAACCAGGGGUGAGGGGAGGGGGAUUGUUGUGUCACUGUAGCAAAAUCGUAAACACUUUGGUUCUAAAAUUCCACUGGGACUCUCUUUGAGUCUCCUGCCAUAACUCCAGAACCUUGGAUAAAAUAGCGAAGGACUGACCAAACUGGGCUACACCAGGCCUCAGCCAUGACAGGGAUCUGCUAGGCUCCUGUUGGGAGCUACUGGGGAGAUUACAAGAAUCUUCCACAAAGACACUGUGCACAGAGUCCAUCGAAGGAACUCUGGGAGAGGAAUCCCUACUUUGAAGGAGAAGUGCACAAGAAAGCCAAAGAUUUCCUGGUGGGGUCUAGAGGAGCAAUCCGACUCAUACAUUCUGCCCACACCGCACCACCCCCACCCCCCCCCACC